UCUCUAAAAGUUGUUGAUUUAGCAGAGCAGGUAUUUGGUGCAAACCAUGCUGGAAGCCGACUCGCUAAUGAAAUCAAUGAAUGGCAUCCAAUAUCUGGAAAAGUAAAUGAAAAUAUAAGGCAAGCCUGUGUUGAGCAUGGGCAUGGUGGACGCUGGAAUGCACCCAAUUAUCACGUCAAUGAUGUCGUAUGUAUCGAUAUGAAAGAAUGUUAUCCAGCAAGUAUGCGAGGUCAAGGAGAAUGUACACCAUGGUUCAAUAGGUUCGGACAUCCAACACACCACCUUGUUCGAGUUGCAGUAAAUGGAGAAUUGCCGGAGGAUGAUAUCACUGGAUUUGCGCAGGUAAGAUCUUUUAAAUUUGCAUCAAAUAUACAUUCAGCGAUUCCCGUCUGGUAUGGAAAACAUUUUGCGUGUCGAAAUGGAGAAGGAUGUGGGAAAGAAAAAGGAUGGGCACCUAUUGUACUUCUACGAUAUCUUCUUGAGGUUGGUAUUCUAGAAAGUGUAACUAUUGGAGAGGCAAUAAUUUCUCUUACUAAACAGACCAAAGUAUGGCUACCUAGAAAUCGAGAUAUUAGUUGUGCAAUUAUAGGAAAGUUCACGCAAGGUGGUAAGAUUGAUGAGAAACGUCUCACACAUAGACUUGUAAUAGAUGAAGGUGAACUCGAUUUCUUGAUCAAAGAUUGUACUGAUGCCGGAACUUUUGCCGGAAGAGAAAAAUGUCCACUUGGAUUCAUACUUACAUAUUAUGAGGGACAUCAACCUCAAUAUACACACUUGCGGGCCUCAAUGUUGGCAUAUGCACAUAUUAAUUUAUUAGAAAUGCUUCGGAGAUUCGAUCCUAAUGAAGUA